AUGAACUCAAUGAUCACUAGGACUCGUUCACAAUGCAGAAUUUCUGGUUUAAAUCCUUUACCUAAUCGUUACUGGGAAUCAAUCCUUUCCUCCUCAUUCUUUAACAUGAAUCAUUUAAAGGAUCAAGAUCAAGAUGCUAAAUAAAUUAAGAUAUAAAAUAACAGAUCCAGUACGUAGCUUGUGCACAGAAUAGAAUCAAACAACAGAAUCAAUCAACAUCAAGUAUAAACUUAUGAAAAGAUUAAGCAUCUUCUGGAUUUAAGUGUAGACGACAGUAAAACUGAGCAGGAUGAAGAAGUUUUUUCGGAGUUUGAUGAUGAUGGCAAUGAUGAUGAAGAUGGCGGUAAUGUUGAGCUUUCAUCAUGUUCAGAGCUUCCUGUGUAAAACGGUUAAGUAGUAACUAGAAGCAUGACAAAUACGAGAUAAUUAAUGAGUAUAAUAGAAAAUUUAAAUCAACCGCUUAAUAAAUCUGAUAACAACAGAAAAGAAUCCUAAUCUUAGAAUCACAAAGAACAAAAACCCCUUAAAUCAAGAGUACCAGACGAUCAGUUGCACAUUCUGAUGAAGGAGUACGAGAAAAGUACUAAUUGGUCGAAACAGCAAAUAAGCAAUAUUGCCAAAAAAACUGGUCUGACCUAUUCUAAAGUAUAUAAAUGGAAUUGGGAUAGAAGGAACACGGAUUAUUAGUAAUGUCUUAAGCAAGUAUUCGAAAAGAAGCAUUACCAAGGGCAUAUUUUUAAAGUUUAAGACAAUCAUUAAAGAUAAGAAAAGAAGCCAGCAAAACUAUUUUAGGUCAAUAAAGUUAGUUAGAAUUGA